CUACAAUAAUACCAAUACACCAUAACGUAGUGUUUUCAUACUCUUUGAAUAGGUACACCAAUACUAUACUAAUAUACAAUACCUUUACUAAGUACCUAUAAAUAAACUUUAACGAACGAUAGAAAUUAGAACUUUAUAAGUAUUGGGGCUACGUAAAAGUGCCACAGGGUAGACCGUACUAGCUUGUUAUUAAAAUAAUCAACAUUAAUUGUUAUUGUUCAAGGAAGUGCAGUAGGUAACAUUUAGGUAAGCCAACAAUGAGCUCGUGUAAUGACGGAAACGGGAAUGAAGGAAAUAGAAACAGGAAUGGCGGAAACAGAAACAGGAAAGGCGAGAACAGGAGCGUGAAUGACGAGAACAGAGCCGGAAAUGACGGGAACGGGAACAAUGAAUACGUUUUGAGUUGGUGGCAGACGGCGGCUGUGGCGGCGGGGACGGCGGCUGUCGUCGGCGGCCUGGGCUACUUGCUGACGAGAGCCUCGAGCUCGACGUCCGCGCCACACGCCUCCCAACCUUCGUCGGAGCAAGACGGACCGGAGCGAAGGGGGUUACUCAGUAGUUUGACGGACUCCCUCCAAGCUAUAACAGACAAUUGUAAUCGAGAGACCAUGGGAAGUUCAAUAUCCCAGUCGAGCAGUUGGGCAUCCCAGUCCGACGUGCCCGUGAGGCCAGCUAUCGGUAACCUGAACUCCUUGCUGGCUGAUAUCCACGUGCGAUACAUCGCGUUGAAGCGGGAAGACUUCCAACUCCACUACAGGGUGUUUGAUGAGGUUUUCCGUAAACUCCAUCAAAACAUGAAGGCCGUCGACAAAUACUAUGAGCGAUACGCUAGCAAUGUGCAAUUUGCUGGCAGCCAUUACGACCGUCUCCGCAUACGCAAGCCGGACGAAUUCGACAUGGAUAUCGUGAUAGGCGUGCCGGUCAACAUGCACACGGACCCUAACAAUCCAGAGGAGAGCGACAUAGUCAUCGAACCAAAGUGGCCUGGAUUCGUGCAGCUCCGCGCUGGGACACAAUACCAAAAAAUAUUGGUUCGCGACGGUCAGGACUGUCAGAUCAAUAGAAAGGCUCAUGAGUGGAUGGACGACAAGAAAUACAUUCUGCGUUCAAAGUUCACUGAUUGGUUCAAAAGCGUGGGCAACCGAGGUCUCAAUAAAUUCGAAACCUUGAACGAUCUACCCGUAUGCUACGUGGAUGGUACGCCCUAUACGAUCCGCACAACUUCCAGUGGUCCAGCUUGGACCAUUGUCAUUGAAUCUCGUGGGUUCAGGCUGGACGUCGACCUCGUGCCGGCGCUCAAAUUCCCCGAGAACAGAUGGCUGGAAGGAAGAGCAUACAGGCCGAUCCCGGUAGAGUGUCGCCGCGAGUACUGGAUGGUGGUGCCGAAGCCCAACAAGAGCGGGCAGACGCCGCAAGACGAGCAGCGCUCGUGGCGCAUCGCGCUGCAGGACCAAGAGAAGCAGCUCCUCAAUAACACCUACCAGUUGCGACAGGUCAUUCGGCUGCUGAAAAAACUUCGGGAUGCUCAAGGUAUGAAUGGUAUAGCCAGUUAUUAUAUAAAAACUCUGUUUUUCUGGGAAGUUCUCGAAAAGAAAACCUCUGAUCCAACUUUUUGGAAGCGGAAUGACAUAGCUACGUUAUUCAAACAUAUGGUGCAGAAGUUCUAUGAUGCAUUGGUGAAGGGGAAUAUUCCAUACUUCUGGAACAAAAAUCACAACAUGAUUGAAAACUUGAACAGCAACACACUGAAUGAAUAUAAGCGGAAAAUUAAUAGCUUAUUGAUUGUACUUCAAAAUCCUUCCGAUUACAAAUCGGUCGCUAGAUAUCUGUUAACUCCUGAAGAAUAUCAGGCGUACCAAACGUUUCUUUAAAAUGUUAACUUCAAGAAUGAAAUAUUCGAACUAUAUAAGCGCAAAAAUAAAAUACGUUAGUAAGUACACUCAGUUUAGUUUUUACUUUGUGUUUUAAUUUUUUUAUUGAGAUUCAAAUGUUUAAAAUUUGUAUAACUGUGUUAUAUUUUGUGUUGUACAAUAAAAAUAUAUUAUUUCAUUCAUUCAUAUAUAAGUUGGUGCAUUUCCAGUUGCAUAAUAUUUGUAUAAGUAUUAAUUUUAACAGAAAAAGUCCACAGGUAGUUAAAAGUUGGAUUUUGCGCGUUAAGAACCUUUUGUAUUUUUUAUACUUAAUAUAAUACAAUUCAUAAAUAAAAAAAAAUGGAA